AUGGUCCUCCCACACGAGCCCGAAUUCGAGCAGGCCUUGGACGAGCUUACCACUAGCUUGCAAUCCUUCUUGGAGGCCAAUCCCGAGUAUAAGAAGGCUCUUGAGGUCGUUCAGGUCCCUGAGCGCGUCCUCCAAUUCCGUGUUGUCUGGGAGGACGACAAUGGCGUCGCCCAUGUCAACCGUGGAUUCCGUGUCCAAUACAAUUCUGCCCUAGGACCCUACAAAGGCGGUCUCCGUCUCCACCCCACCGUCAACCUUUCCAUCCUCAAAUUCCUCGGCUUUGAGCAAACUUUCAAAAACGCCCUUACGGGUCUCAACAUGGGAGGAGGCAAGGGCGGUUCUGACUUCGACCCCAAGGGCAAGUCCGACGGCGAGAUUAGGCGUUUCUGCGUGGCCUUCAUGGGCGAGCUCUUCCGCCACAUCGGGUCGGACACCGAUGUCCCAGCUGGCGACAUCGGCACUGGUGCCCGCGAGAUUGGCUUCCUCUUCGGCGCGUACAAAAAGCUGAGAAACGAGUUCACCGGCAUGCUUACGGGCAAGGGUCUGACCUGGGGUGGAAGCUUCAUCCGUCCAGAGGCAACUGGCUACGGUCUAAUUUACUAUGUCGAGCACAUGAUCGCCAAGGCGUGCCCAGAGUACAGUCUCGACAAGCCCUCCACUCUGGUCGCCAUCUCCGGCUCGGGCAAUGUCUCCCAGUUCACCGCGCUCAAGGUCAUCGAACUCGGUGCGACCGUCCUCUCGCUCUCUGACUCCAAGGGGUCGCUCAUCGCUGAGAAAGGGUAUACGAAGGACGUUAUCCUUAAAGUCGGCCAGCUCAAGCUCAAGGGCGGCAGCCUGGAGUUUCUGGCCAACGAGGAGGGCUACACUUACCACGCGGGCGUACGUCCGUGGACGCUCCUUCCCACCGUACACAUCGCGCUGCCUGGUGCGACCCAGAACGAGGUUUCUGGCGAGGAGGCCGAGGCGCUCCUCAAGGCCGGCGUGCGCAUCGUCGCUGAGGGAUCGAACAUGGGCUGCACGGCGGAGGCCAUCGACGUCUUUGAGGCUUCGCGCAAGUCUGGACCUGGAGGCGUGUGGUACGCUCCUGGAAAGGCGUCCAACUGCGGUGGUGUUGCGGUGUCCGGCCUCGAGAUGGCCCAGAACAGCCAGCGCCUUGCAUGGAGCACUGAGGAAGUCGACUCGAAGCUGAAGAAUAUCAUGGCUGAGUGCUACGGGAUCUGCUUGAGUGCGGGCUCGAAGUGGUCUGGCGAGGAGCUUACCGACGGCGUCCUUCCCAGCUUGCUUUCUGGUGCCAACGUCGCAGGGUUCAUCAAGGUUGCCGACGCCAUGAAAUCCCAGGGCGACUGGUGGUAA